AUGACUGCUAGUACGUAUGCCCAACGUAUGCUUCGUUUAAGUCAACGUAUAUUUACUGAAUAUCCAAAAAUAACAUUUUCAAGAAAAGAUCAUCGUGAACAACACGCUGAUUUCUUAAAACUUUUAGAAGAAAGACCACAUACAUCGGGUAUUCUAACAUCCAUGAAUUAUUAUCCACGUCAUCAAGAAAUUCAUUAUCUAAUGGAAGCAUUAAGAUAUCAUGGUUUAUACAGAAAUGAACAUAAAGACUUUCAAGAAGAAGUUAAACGUUUAAGAAUUUUACGUGGUAAACAGCGAAAAAAUAUUCGAGCCAUGUUUCCACCACGAUUACCUGAACUUGCACCGUGUUGUAAACCGGAAAAUAAAACUUAA